AACAGACAAGGUAGGGGUGGAGAAGAGGAGCCUACAACUUGGAAGCGCCAAGACCACCAUUUGGAUCAGCUCACAUUCAAAUACCUGCAAAGGUGUGAAGAAGAAAAAGACUUUCGGAGGCCGACAAAACCGCUGCUAAAAGAUUUGCUUAGAGAGAGGGGACAAGCUAAGGGCAAGAGGUGCAGAGGAGACUCUGAGAGGUGAGGAGAAAUCUCACAAUGUCUUCAUUUGAAGCCCAGGGCCAGUCUCCUCCUCGAUGUGGCCCGCAGUUCCCCAGCCUCGGCCAGGAGCCCCCUGAGCUCAGCAUGUACAGUGACUGUUACUACCCACCUCCUUCGCUGCCGAGUCCUCAGCGCACCACUCCGACAUCCUACGACCUGAGCGAGUACACGACCUCCUCCCCAAACCCUUACCUCUGGUUCAACGGUUCCAGCAUCAACACACCGCCCUAUCUGGCUACUACCGGCCCACCUGGUAACCCCGGUCCUCCCUUUGUCCCUCAGCACUACGGCAUGCAGAGGCCUUACCUGGGUCCUGCCGGAGCUGGGGGUCCAGGAGGGGAGCUGAGCUGGUUCUCUCUCCCCUCACAGGAAGACCUGAUGAAGCUGGUCAGGCCGCCUUACUCUUACUCGGCUCUCAUCGCCAUGGCUAUCCACGGGGCGCCAGACAGGAGACUGACAUUGAGCCAGAUUUACCAGUACGUGGCUGACAACUUCCCUUUCUACAACAAGAGUAAAGCGGGCUGGCAGAAUUCUAUCAGACACAACCUGUCACUCAAUGACUGCUUCAAAAAAGUACCGAGAGAUGAGGAUGAUCCAGGCAAGGGCAACUACUGGACACUUGACCCAAACUGCGAAAAGAUGUUCGACAACGGAAACUUCCGCCGCAAAAGAAAGAGGAAGUCCGAUUCCCUCUCCGGGGGCGACAGCGGCUCAGGGGCUCCAGAUUCAGGUGACAGCGAGAGGGGCAGCCCCAAACACUCAACCUCCCUUAACAUCUCUCCCACAGCGGACAGGAUCCCCUCUCCAUCAUCAGGCCCAGCACCUUGUCUCAGCAGCUUCUUAACCGAGAUGUCUGGAGUGACAGCCGCAGCAGCUACUGAGGUGGGAAGUGAUGGGUUAAACAGGCCACUGCACCUUCCUUUAGAUGGGCCUCAUAGACCUGCGCAACCUGGAAGCUUUAGCAGCUACUCCCCCAACUCAGGCGGCCCAGAGUGGGUGCCACAAGUGCCAGCUCCCUCUGUGCUCUCCUCUUCACCCACCCACUCUUCCCUAGGCUACACUAGCCCAAUCCUCAGCCAGUACAGUGGCUCCAACGGGCAUUUCUACCCCUCACUGGGCUCCACAGGAAUCAUCUACCAUCGUGAGGGCACAGACGUUUAAUAAGACAUUGAGCGGGAAAAGUUUGGUCUGAAAAGACUCUUGACGGGAAUUUUUUACCUGUCUGGUCACUUUUGUUUUGAGAGAGAUUCACCUGUGAGAGACAAUACACACACAAACACACAAAGUUUGCGCUGACUGGGACAGUUGAGAUCACUAUAGCGUGUGACAGCAGAGUAAAAAGGCUUUGAUUCCCACAGUAACAGCUGAGUCAGCCGCGAAGGACCGCAAGCGUCACUCCCUGAAACCGCAGUCAGCCUCGCUAUCAGAUCCUCAGUCAGCUUUUAUUCACACUUAAGCUAGUCUCUAUCAGAUCUGACUCAUUAUUAACAGAUCCUGGAUCUGAUCUGCUGACAUCAGGCCAUUCCACACUGCUAUCUGCGACUCUUUGAUGGUAUCACCCAUACACAACGCUCAGACAGCACAUUUAGAGGAGUAGUUAAAUUACACUAUUGUCUACAUAGUGUGUGUACAAAAGGUAAAAGGUAGACUUUCUGUCAUGGUUUUUGUAGUACUGAUGCUAAACAAUCUGAUGAACUUACAGUCUUUGAGUCUGAUAGUGUUGAUUGUACUUUGUAAAUAUGUCAAUGUGUUGUGUAAUGUUAUACAUGUAUGUUGUUGGUGUGUUGGUACAUCUGUUACUGUACGAAACUCAUUCUGUAUGUAUGGUUUAUGCUAUACAUGUUGUGUUUUUUGAUAUGAAUAAAAGGUUUUAGAGUUCCA